GCACAUCCUCACGAGUCCUGUCCUGGCCCUGUCACUUGUGUCUACCAGAUCUACUUUAUUACCCUAUGCGGCUCCUGCAGUACAGCGAACGCGGAGAGCUCAGCAUCCAUAGCUUCGACGAUGACGCGAUACCUCCCUACGCGAUACUGUCACACACCUGGGGAUCAGAUAAAGACGAGGUGACGUUUGCAGACCUCAAAACAGGCGAUGGCAGUACUAAGCCUGGCUACGAAAAAAUCGUCUUCUGUGGAAAGCAGGCACAGCAUGACGGAUUACAGUACUUCUGGAUCGACACGUGCUGCAUCGACAAGGCCAACAAGGCUGAGCUCGCCUCCGCCAUCAGGUCGAUGUUCCGCUGGUAUCGCAGCGCAGCUCGAUGUUAUGUCUAUUUGUCAGAUGUCUCCAACCAACCUCGAGUAGUUGACCGAGGUUACUCCAAUUCCCGAUGGCUUCUCUGGAUAUGGAUGUUUUCUGUUCUUGACUACCUGCUAGGCCGGUAUAGCAGCACGAUUCAGCGCUUAUGUCGGCGAUGCGUCUCUUAUCCUUCCACGGGAGGCAAUGUUAUGUACAGCCAGCAGGAGCCUGAAUCUGCGUUUCUGAAGAGCAGAUGGUUUACCCGUGGAUGGACACUACAGGAGCUUCUUGCACCGUCUACAGUGGAAUUCUUCUCCAGAGAAGGAAUCAAGCUUGGUGAUAAGUUCUCGUUGGCAAAUGAAUUACAAGAGGUUACAGGCAUUCCUACUUCAGCGCUACAAGGCAAAGCUUUAUCACAUUUCGACGUUCAUAAACGUAUCUCCUGGACUGAACAUCGCACUACAAAGAUUCCCGCAGAUCGCGCAUAUUCCCUAAUGGGAAUUCUUGGCGUCAGCUUGUCCCCAAUCGAUGGUGAGAGUCCAUCUGAAGCGAUGAGACGGGUUACAGAUGAGGUGGACAAGCAAAAUAAGUGCAUCCAAGACUUGCGCUCUAGUAACCCGCACGAUGAUAAGACACGCAUUGAGCAGACCAAAGGUGGGCUGCUCGCAGAUGCCUACCGCUGGGUUCUCGACAACGAUACUUUCCAGCAAUGGCAGCAAUACUCAGAGAGCCAACUACUAUGGGUGAAAGGUGACCCUGGAAAAGGAAAGACGAUGCUGCUCUGCGGCAUUAUUAACGAGCUGCAUAACACACUGCCUAGAAAUGCACUUCUAGCGUACUUCUUCUGCCAAGCGACCGACCCGCGCAUCAACAGCGCCACGGCCGUGCUGCGAGGGCUGCUGUACAUGCUCGUGAGCCAGCAACCAUCGCUUGUGUCUCAUAUCCGCAACAGGUACGAUCACGCAGGCAAAGCCCUGUUCGAAGAUGCAAAUGCCUGGGUCGCCUUAACAGAGAUGUUCGCGAAUGUGUUGCAAGACCCACAGCUAAGAACCACAUACCUGGUCAUCGAUGCAAUAGACGAAUGUGUUACGAACCGACUAAAACUUCUCGAUUUUAUCGUAAAGCAAUCUUCUGCGUCUCAUCGCACUAAGUGGAUCGUUGCCAGUCGUAACUGGCCAGACAUCGAGGAACAGCUAGAGCUGGCUGAGCAUAAAACGAGGCUAAGCCUCGAACUAAACGCUAAGUCAGUGGCGGCGGCGGUCAAAGUCUUUAUUCAGCAGAAAGUAGAUCAGCUGGCGCAAGAGAAGCGCUACACGCUAGAGAUUAAAGAUGCUGUACUUGAGCACCUAACGCUAAAUGCGAGCGAUACCUUCCUUUGGGUAGCGUUGGUGUGCCAAAACCUCCAAGGGACGCCGAAGUGGAACGUGCUUGAGCAGUUAGCCCAUUUCCCCCCUAGGCUAGAAUCUUUGUAUCAGCAGAUGAUGGACCAGAUAAGCGUGUCUAACAGCGCCAAGAUCUGUCUGCGAGUACUGGCAGUGACUACGGCUUUAUAUCGACCUGUCACAAUCGCUGAACUAGUCGCACUCGUCGAGCAGCUUAAGGACGUCGACGACUUGGAGUCCGUUCAGGAGAUUAUUGGCCUCUGCGGAUCGUUCCUUACUCUACGAGAAGACACAGUCUACUUUGUGCACCAGUCUGCAAAGGACUUCCUUUUUGCAACAGCGUCUAGUUAUAUCUUUCCAGAUGGUGCUGAACAGAUCCAUUGGGAAAUCUUUCUAAAGUCACUAGCGAUUCUCUCUGGGACGUUGCAUAGGGAUAUGUACGGCCUAAAAGCGCUAGGAUCUCCCAUCGAAAAUACAAAACCGCCUAGUCCCGAUCCUUUAGUAGAGUCACGCUAUGCGUGUGUCUACUGGAUCGACCACCUAUGCGAUUCAAAGACCAAAUCUUUGAACAGUAUAGCUAAUAGUCUACAGACUAGAAACAUCAUUACAGGAUUUCUAAAAAAGAAGUACAUCUAUUGGCUUGAAGGGCUUAGUCUGUGUAGAAGCGUAGGAAAUGGUAUAGUGUCAAUGGAGAAGCUGUGGUCACUCGAUAUACAAGAUCAUGAUGAGCUUACCCAGCUUGUUUAUGAUGCACGGCGAUUCGUUAUGUAUCACCAAAGAGCAAUCGAGAGCUUCCCGCUUCAGACGUAUGCAUCUGCGCUGUUAUUCAGUCCGCGAGCUAGUAUGGUCAGGCAGUUAUUUCAAUACGAAGAGCCAAAAAGCAUUACGAUCAAACCAGAAAUGGGUAACGGUUGGAGCGCGUGCAUGCAGACGCUCGAGGGCCAUGGCGAUGGGGUCUGGUCGGUGGCCUUCUCCCACGACUCGGCGAGGCUGGCGUCGGCGUCGGGCGACAAGACAACCGUCAAGAUCUGGGAUGCGAGCAGCGGCGCGUGCCUGCAGACGCUCGAGGGCCAUAGCCACUCGAUCAGCUCAGUGGCCUUCUCACACGACUCGGCGAGGCUGGCGUCGGCGUCGCACGACAAGACCGUCAAGAUCUGGGAUGCGAGCAGCGGCGCGUGCCUGCAGACACUUGAGGGCUAUAGCAGCAGCGUCAGCUCAGCCGAUCUCGUCUCUAUUCUUGCAUCGCUACAUUUUGACAAUGUGACAAAACCCUACCAAUCUGUCCGUCAACGAAUAGCGGUUAGCUCAGAUGCUACCUGGAUCUCUUGUGAUAGUCAGAACGUGCUGUGGCUCCCAACAGAAUAUCGACCAUACUGCUCAGCUAUGUCGAAUACAUGUGUUGGUCUAGGUACACGGUCUGGAAAGUUUUGGAUAUGUUAUUUUACGUGA